AUACCAAAUAAGUAACAACAACCAUCAUGGCCGCCAGGGCUGUUGGAGCUACUGUUCGAGCAGUUAGUAAAAAGCGUAUGAUUCCUACAAGAGCUCCACUCGUUUUGACACAAGCUGCUGUUAAUAAAAUAAAAGCGCUAACACAAGAACAACCAGAUGUGCUGGGUCUGAAGAUUGGUGUAAAGACAAGAGGAUGCAAUGGUCUGUCCUAUACAUUGGAUUAUGUGAAGCAGAAGGCCAAAUUUGAUGAAGAGGUUCUACAAGAUGGUGUACGAGUGCUGAUAGAUUCCAAGGCACAACUGACAUUACUAGGCACAGAAAUGGACUAUGAGGAAACUAAGUUAGAAUCUGGGUUCGUGUUUAACAAUCCGAACAUCAAAGGAACUUGUGGCUGUGGGGAAAGCUUCAGUUUAUGAUGGUGAAUUUAGCUCAGUGCUUCGGUUUUAAAAAUGUGUAGAGAAGAAUGGAGAAUAAAGCUGAGUCUUAAGCAGUAUAUUGAAAUUUAAAUCCCACUUUGAUUGAAAACCAAGCAAAGUGAUACAGAAAACCAAGCAGAUUUCAACAUUUAAUGAUAUUUGAUCUGCCAAACUGUUCUCGUUUUUAUUGUGUGAUCACUAUGAAGUUUUUCAGCUGAUAACUAUUUGGUGUAAAGUAAGUUGCUAUUUUAGUAAAUCUAUUUCAGUGAGUUAUGGAUCUUCAAUGGUUAAUGUGAAAAAUAAAAAGCAAUGCACAUAAUUUUAAAUGCUUAAAGUCUACCUCUUUCUUCCAUUUUUGUCAAUUUUUUGUAGCAUAAUAAGUUUGAUGAAUGCUAAAAAAAAGUCAUCCUCUCAUUAUGUCUUCUGUAUUGUUCUUUAAUUUUCAGCUAAAAUUAGGUUUAUUUUAGAUACCAGAAAUAUUCAUGGUCAAUGUUGAAGUUGUUAAAUAUCAAAGAACACCAAUUCAACAAAUUCAUUUGUUGUGGAUUUUAUACUCCAUGACAAUAAAUUUUGUAUUGUAUCAGGAUGUUCUAUUUUGUGUUAAUAGUUUAUUGACAAUAAGUGCAAUGAAAUUCAAGACAAAGUAAAUAAAUAACAUCUAUACAUUAUACAAUAUGUAAUCAGGUUUUGUUGCUGGUCACUAUUACAGCUGUAUUUAGAAUACACUUUAACAGAUGUAUACCGAACAGCUGGUUAUUUACAAGGGCUUCAAUUCUUCAGAUUUCGACUCAAAAUUAGUAAACUUUUGCUAUCAAAUAAUCUGUAAAGUAGGUAAAGAUUCUGCCAUGCUACAUGUGUCGUUGAUUUUAGUACCUAGGCAGGUUUUAUACUCCACAUAAAACAUGUAAAAUAAUCAAAUGAAUUUGGUUUAUUACAGAAGAUUGUGACAUACAAAUAUGAUAAGUGUAUUUUUUUAAAACAAAUCAUCCACCAAUCUAUUGGAUGUGUGAUGUAAUUCAUUUUCAAGAUAAAAUUUUGAUUAUGAAGUUUAUUAUCAAAUGUCCAUCCUCCCAUCCUCAUGACCUUGGCUGUUGCGUGGACAUUAAACCCUAAACAAACAAAACGUUCACAUGUGUGAUACUUCCAUGAUCACAUUGAUGACCCACGAAAUAGCAGAAAUGUUAUCCCAGUGGAAAUAUCCCAUGAUAUGGUAACGUAAGUUUACACUCAUACCUUAUGUAUUACAAAAUCAGCACAAUAAAAAUGCAUGACAUAUUGAUACCCUUUGAUAUAGAUAUUGCCGCAGCAUUGCCAACACAAAAUUUCCACACUGCAAUUUGGAUGAAGACUACAAUUAAAAACACAAUUCAAUUUUUACCAUAAUUAUUUCAAAAUACAGUCAAGAUUAACUUAUACUGCCAGCAUCACUGGUUCUAUUAAAUCUAUUUUGCAAUAUGUCAGCAGUGAGAUUCUGAAAAAGUAAUGGUAUUAUAUGGUAUUAAAUUAAUGUAUUAAAAAAGAUUCAAAAGUAUUUUAUUUCCAAAACUUAUAAAGUGUAUUAUUUACCACAUUUAUUUGAAAAAUAAACAAUGCUCUAUUUAGUAUCAACUGCUGGUCAAUGUGGUUUCAGUUUGCCAUAGGUGUACUAGCUAGACCAGGGUGUAUGUACAUGUGUGGGAAGUGUGUAAGGGAAAUUGUAGUAUGAAUGCACAGGUGAGAGUAACACAAACUUUUCUUAAGGUAUCUUUGAUUUAUUGUGAUAUUUUGUCGGUGUAUAAUAUAUACAAUAAAAUGCAAUUUGUGAAAA